AUGGAUAUUUGUGUCCUCGAAAGGGCUGCAGAAACAUUGCUGGGGCCUCCCAAUCUUGUUUCGCCAGAAAGUCGUCGGGAAGCGGAACAACUUUUUCAUAAUAUCAAGCAAGAACUGACCAUCGAAGCAGCUGGACAAGUAAUAAGGAAUACGAAGAACCAAUGUGUCCUCUUCCAAAUCGCGCAGAUGACCGGGGAGAUUGUGUUACGAGAUUGGGUGCUCCUUUCCAAAGAACAGAUAAUCAGUACAUACAAGAUGCUGUUGGAGUUUGUAGCUCAAAGGGAAGAUUUAUCGCACUAUGCACAAACAGAAUUUCUUCGGUCUGUUGCUAUGAUUCUGAAAAGAGGCAUUCUUGAUGGCAAAACAGGCGACCAAGAGGAACUUUUCGAGCUCAUUCAUAACUUGCUCGUCAAUCCGCACCAACGGCUACAAGCUAUUGGCGGAGAACUCAUUUCUGCAAUUACUCAACAAUUUUCUUCUUCUUGGCGGAAUACCAAAUUCAGUAUUACGUGGGAUUUUCAUGUGAAAGCUAAAACGGAGUUUGAGGAUACGGGUCUAAGACGCCUUUUGGAGAUGUCGCUGAAAACACUUCACGCACUUGCCUCACAAUCUGAUAUUCUACCUGAUGAAUUUGCUCGUCGAAUAUGUGACAAAUUUCUCGAGGUUGCCGAAACUACUUUGUCUUGGAAUUUUGCAUCGAAAAUAUUUCGUCGGGUAUUUUCUCUUUGUCAGACCACAAACUCCUUUCGACCACCAGCUUCAUGGAAAGAUCUCCUCGAGAAUGAUGAGUUCUUCACACUUUUCUUCCAGGUGCAUGCAAAGAUACGCACUGAUGAGAAUCUGUCUUUGCGAUCGCUUUCUUGCUUGGUGCAGUUAGCUGGGCUUUCUGGCGAAGUUAUGGCAUCAAAUGAGUUUACUGAACACUAUGUGAAACUCUAUAUUGGCUCUUUAAUGGAGUUGUUUGCCGAAGGUCCAUUACCGCAUGAAAUCAAUCAUUUCUGCACCAUAGUCAAUCGCUUAUUCCAAUAUCGCCCCAUACAAACUAUAAUGAGGAUAGGACCCGAUCUCAGAAGGCAGUUCCUGCUCUAUCUGUCACAGUAUAUUCAGCAUCUUAGUAAACAAGCCAUGCAUAAAGCUAUCGGUGCGGGUGAGCACGACGAUCAUCAUUCAUUAGCCUUAUUAUAUGACUCCUGGACUUUAUUAUUGAGAGGAAGAUGGAGGCUGGAAUUGUCACAAGAGGAGGAGACUAUGAUUGACACUGAACUGAUCAACGGCCCAAAUGUACAAAUUAUCAAGUGUUUUGUGGAAUGUGUUCAAGCUCCACCGCUUGGUUGCCGCGUACCUGUAGUCGCAGAGAAUGACGAUGAAGAAGAUGAUGACAGAGUGCUUUUUAACGACUUGCUCACACCCUUGGGAACUAUGGCUUGUUAUUCUGUUCGUGAUUAUAUGGAUAUGAUGAUUCAUUUGCUGCGGGAACGUAUAGCUGAAUUCCAAAGAAUGGCUUCUGGAUCGGCAGAUGUGGCUCGCCUACCGCUAUGGCAAGAGGACAUGCACUGGUUGCUGCUGCUGAUUUCCAACUCCGUGGUCAGUGAGGACAUUGAUGGGACCUGCCGUACUGAGGGAGACGUGUUUGAGAAUUCUGUAGCGCUGGUAGCCGAAAGAGGGCAUGUGUUCAAUAUUGACGAUGCGGAUGCAUUUCUUUGCCGGUGUAUCGAUGACCCCUCAACAGAUAGAGCUCAAGCAGAUAGCCGUGUUGAUCCCUAUUUGAGACUUAUUGGCGAAGUUUUAGCUUGGGCUUCUCUUGAACAUCACUUAGUUUCCGAAGCAGUCGCUAAUUUCGUCAGUCCAGAGUUGACUCGGUCUUCUCUACUUUGCCUUAGAAGGUUACUGAGUGCAGCCAGCUGCCUAGUCGAGUACAGUGACGCAGAUCCAUUAGCACUACCUGUCCUGCCACAAACGGGCAGAUUUGCUCAAUUAAUUGUUAAGUUCGUUGUACAUAAGGUUUUCACUGUUCUACAAAAGUUCGGUGGGGAAGAAAGGUUGUGUAUGGAUGCUGUCAAUUUGUUGAUCGGUAUGACAGAAGCAUAUGCAACAUCUCUGGCUUCAGCACCUGAACUGUUCGAUCACUUAGCACAACUGGAUAUAGCUGCUUUACCCAGCAGGACAUUGCUGAUGAAAGCUUUGGUGUUGAUUGGGGCUGCAACAAACGACCAGUCGUUGCAAGAAAAUAUGUCGGCUAGGAUUCUUGACCCUCUUGGUCAGCGAUUUGCCGCAGCUUGUCAACAGCCGCCCAGCUCAGAAGUAGAUAGUCAGCUUGUGGAUCUCAUUCAGUGCAUGGAUGGUGUGGCAAGAGCUAGUCAACCGCACUCGGCAGCUAUUCUAUUUAAAUUUCUAAGUCCUGUACUGGAAAGCUGUGUGCCACUCAUGAAGUCGCGAUCAUACUCUCAACCUGUCGUAGCAGCCAUCUUAGUGCUCAUUCAGAAUAUCACAACAAAAGUCUCUAUCUAUGUGGAUGAUAAGGAAGACUCUGCAACAUUAUAUCGCACGAUCGUUAUGAUUGUUGAUGUCUAUCGGUCUGAGCAAGCUUCACGCUUUGUUGGAAUGACGGAAAAUGAUGAAGACAAAGGAAGUGACCUGGUGCUCUUCCUGGAUAUCUUAUCUAAUGUUUUGUCAAAGGAUAUCCUUGAGGGUGGCGAGGACAACAUUGCAACUGGUGCUCAGGUUGCAUUAGCUUCUCUGGAAAUGCUGCUGGGUGUGAUGAACGAGUCCACACUGAAAUUGCCGGAUCUUGCCAUGAAAUUUUUCCGACUUGUGCUUUAUCUUGUAGAGUUCUCCAGAGAGGCGUUAUCUGUCAUGUCUACCGAUCUCCUGGUAGCAUUAUGCCAAUGUUUGAGGGAAGGCAUGACAUCACAAUAUGGGUCCGAGAUCGCUUGUACAUCUAUGGAAGCGCUAACGGAAAUAGUCAGCUACUUCAUAGCAACAAAUUACCCCGUGCCUCCUCAAUUAGCCCAACAAUUCAGCAGUACAAUUCCUCUGGCUUUCGAAACGUGCCUAGAAAAUAGUUGCGAGAACACAAUCUUCAAUGAGGCUACCUCCUGCUUAUAUAGUUUGAUAUGUUUCGACAAAGUUGGUUUCGACCAGUUCGUAACGCAAAUGCUGUCAAACAAGAGCAACGAAGCUGCGUCCAAUAAACUUAGAGAGGAAUUUGCAGCAUUACUUCCGGGAGACCCAAAACCAGGACGACGAGACAGGAUUGCCUUUCGCCAACGCAUGGAAAGAUUUUUGAAUGAAAUUCAGGGACUUCUAUCUUAUGUAUAACGACGCAGUAAUUACAUCAGCUCCUUUCAAAAAGAUACUUCCAUUUUUCUUGGUAUGCAUAGACAUAUAGAAUUUGACGGCGAAUACAGUAUCCGUUCGAUGCCGAGAUUGGGCGACAAAAUUUGCGCUUGAACAAACAUUUACGCCUGGAGUGCCAUCAUUUGCACGCGCAAGUUGCAGGCAUCACAGGCGUAGCUGAUUGUUCACGCGUAAAUUUUGUCGCUCAUCUUUUUAUAUUUGCCGUCAGAUCUACUAGCCUCUAUGUACGUGCAAUCUGCUUUUGAAGACAUUGCUGUCGAUUUGCUUGUUUUUUGACGGUCUUGAAGAAGCCCUUUCAUGUUUUUCCUUUCACAUAUAAUAUGUAAUAAUUCUAGAUACUCUACUAAUUUUGUUUUGCUGAAGUUGAAAAGUUCCUUAGUCAUUCGUAUUCACUACUCUCAAUCUGCUGGUUAUACGCACUAACGGUGAUUAAGUACGUCGUAAAUACACCUCUUGAUCUUGAUUUUGUGUUGCAUAAAUCUCUCAUCCUGUU